AUGUUUAUUCGAAUAAAACUGAUGCAACGAAUAUUAUAUUUCCUGUUUUUUUUUCCUUUUAGGUAUAAUUCAACAGUGCAGUCCUUCGUGGUCUCCAAACUCCGUCGGGGUGAGAGUACAGAAUUGCUUCAUGCCAACGGAACAGCAAUGAAAAACCUGGGGAAAGGAUUUGGAGAUUACGAGAUGUUUAACAAUGAUGAAGAUGAUCUUUACUCUCGAGACGCUGCACCACCUCCCCCAAAGCAGGAACCACUUCCGGUCGAACUACCAGCGGAUGAAUACGUCAUCCAACAUCGACUUCCAUUUGGUUUCUACGAGUUUAUAUUCCGCUUGUUAAUCUUGAACAGAUUUCGUGGCCGCACUCGUUUUAUUUCGGCAGCUCGACUUGUGAUCCUCUACCGUCGCAAGAUGAACAUUCAUAUUGCUGCUCAACGCCGCCAACAAUUUAAGAGCGCCGCCCAGCAACCUAGCGUGACUUCAUACACCAAAUCAGCAAGAAGCUGGUUUUAUUUAUUUCUUCUUUCGUUUGAGAAUUUAUUAUUUUUUUUCCGUUUUCCUGUUUCCUUCAUCCCUUUGUUUGUUUGUUUGUUUGUUUCUUUUCUUUUCUUUCUUUCUUUCUUUCUUAUUUAUCCCUAUCAUCCUCUUUUAUGA